CGUUAACUGUCGGCGGGGCCGGUGCGGCAGCGCAGCGCAGGGCGACAUGCCGGUGCGCUUCAAGGGGCUGAGUGAAUACCAGAGAAACUUUCUGUGGAAAAAGUCGUAUUUGUCGGAGUCCUACAACCCGUCAGUGGGGCGCAAGUACUCAUGGGCCGGACUUAGAUCGGAUCAGUUAGGGAUCACAAAAGAGCCAAGUUUUAUUUCAAAAAGAAGGGUCCCCUACCAUGACCCUCAGAUUUCCAAAUCCCUGGAGUGGAACGGAGCCAUCACAGAGAAUGAUAUGGUUGUCCCACCAGAACCCCAGACCCUCCAAACACCAAAACCACAAGAGACAGAGCAAAAAGAAGAUGCGAACCAGGAAAGGACUCUCUCACUAGAGGCUUCCAGGGUUCCCAAGAGAACUCGAUCUCAUUCUGCAGACUCCAGAGUCGAAGGGGCUUCAGAUGCUGCGGAAAAGCAUCAGGAUGUAACAAGAAACCAUGCGCCGGACCAUGAAGAAGUGGGGUUGGAAGCUUCCAGCAAACCUCUUGCAGAGAGUGUAGACCCCAGGCAGUUGGAUAGGCAUCUUCGUAAGAAAGCUGGAUUGACCGUUGUCCCCUCACACAAUGCCUUGAGAAAUUCUGAAUACCAGAGGCAGUUUGUUUGGAAGACCUGUAAGGAGACUGCCCCCGUGUUUGCAGCCAAUCAGGUUUUUCGUAAUAAGAGCCAAAUUAUCCCACAAUUCAAAGACAAUGCAGUCAUCCACGAGACUGAAUACAAGCGGAAUUUCAAAGGCUUAUCUCCAGUGAAGGAACCAAAGUUAAGAGAGGGUUUGAAGGGAAACAGUGAUCUUGAGGCAUUGUCUCCAGAGAAGAAGGCAGACGAGCCUUUAAAAUUAGAAGUAGACAUGGCAUCGGAAGACUCAGACCAGCCUAAAAUGAAGCUUGCUCCGUGGCGACACCAAAGGCUUGGCAAGGUGAAUUCUGAAUAUAGAGCAAAAUUUCUGAGCCCAGCCCAGUAUUUAUACAAAGCUGGAGCUUGGACACGCAUGAAGGAGAAUGUGCCAAACCCGGGUUCUCUAAAUGCCAUGUGGUAUGCAGAGGUUAAGGAGCUCAGAGAGAAGGCUCAGUCUUACAGGAAGCGAGUUCAGGGAACGCACUUCUCUCGGGACCAUCUGAACCAGAUCCUGUCAGAUAGCAACGGCUGCUGGGACGUCUCCUCAACCACGAGCUCGGAAGGGAUCCUCAGCAGUAGCAUCCGCGCACUGGAUCUUGCCGGCCAUCUUACAGGCCACAAGACUCCCCAGAAACAUCCUCCUACCAAACUAGAAGAACAAAAAGUUGCCGUGGGAGAGAAGCUCCCAAAAAAUACCACCAGGGAGCUGGCCCUGCCCGAGGCGGCCACCAUGCCUGUCAGGAGGAAGCUGGCUUGGGAUGCGGAGGACGCCAGUGAAGACACACAGGACCAGCCCAUGGGAGACGGGGCCGAGGAAAGGGGAGAAGACAGGCAGAUCUCAGUGGGCGAGCUCGAGAAACUGGGCACACAGGACAAGUCUAAGGCAGACAGAGUCAAAGAAGGGUCGGAGUUCUCUUCUGUUUCCUCAGCAAAGGGGGGAAGGCUUCCUACUCCAAAGCUCAGAGAACUUGGCAUCCAGAGGACUCACCACGAUCUCACGACUCCAGCUAUUGGUGGAGCGGUCUUAGUGUCGCCAUCUAAAGUGAAGCCUUCAGCUCCAGAGCAGAGGAAGAGAGCAUCCUCCCAGGAUGGUUUAGACUCUCUGAAGAAGGACCGUACUAAGAAAGGGAGCCACCAUGCUGUGUCUCUCCUGACUUCUCCUGCUGCUGGCAUCAAGACGGUCGAUCCCCUGCCUCUGCGGGAAGAUUGUGACGCCAAUGUCCUCACAUUUGCUGAGGCCACUCUUCCAGUUUCGAAAGUUCCGGAACAUCAGACAAACAGCCCUGGGCAGCCUCCUGCUCCGUGUGUCCCACCUUACUGGCACCCUUCCAGCAGGAUCCAAGGCUGCCUGCGAGACCCUGAAUUUCAGCACAACGUGGUAAAACCGAAGAUGAACAAUUUGCAGUUACCUCCACAUGAAGCCUUUAAUGAUGAAGAUGCAGACAGACUAUCUGAGAUCUCUGCCCGCUCUGCGGCUUCCAGUCUCCGGGCUUUUCAGACUCUAGCCCGAGCUCAGAGAAGAAAGGAGAAUUUCUGGGGCAAAACAUAAACCCGCUCGCCCCUCUUAUGUAGAGAUGCACUGGAUCAUCUUCCCUUUGCUGGCUGUGUUAAGGUUUGUCGAGGUGUUUGGUUUUCUCCUGACAGUUGCACCUUAAAUUAGAGUUUUAGUAGCUCGUCUCACCCAGAAACUUUUAAUGCAGGUGUGUCUAAAUUGAACUCUGAGAAUUCCUUUGUCCUUCUCUAAAUACGAAGACACAGUCUAUCUUUUGUAUCAGGGGUCGGGAAUGGCUGGUAGAAUGUCGUCUGUCCACAGAAUAUUCUAAAGGAUGCAAUGAGGUCAGAAUUAAGAUCUCCCAGAUUAUAUCCCCUCUCAGAUCGGUUCUAGGCAUUUCCAUAGCCAUAGCUGUCAUAAAAGGAACCUCCUUCGACUUUUGCUUUAAUGCCUUUAUUAGCACCUUCUGUACCCAGUGGCAGCGUCAAGGGAAUUGUACUUUGAAAAAUCCAGCUGUGUAUAUAUUUUUCUUAUUUAUGUAACACAAUUUUCUGAGAGAAUGUUUAUUUUUGAUCUUUUUCUGUAUUCUAUUUGUACAAUAACUGGCAUACAUUUGAAUAAUGUCUAGAUUUUGAGAAAUUAUUUGUGUAAUGGAGAAUUAAAACUUUGUAGACCUUGGAAAAUGAAAAUUAAGUGUGCUUGGCUUCUCCAAA